AUUAUAGUACUUUCACAUAUUUAUGAGGAUCAUUUUCAUAAUGUAAUUUUAUCUUAUUACUUGGUAAUUUUUCUAUCAGACAUCGUUAAAAGAAAAUGUGAUUAAUAUGAUCUUAUUUAAUAAUAUUUCAAAGAUGAAACCUCCAUCAAGACAAAGCGUUAAUGAAACUGCAAUUUGUUUACCUAGAAAUCAAUGUUUGACUUGGAAAAAUAUUUCUUAUACUGUGGAAGUCAAGAAGAACGAGGGUUAUUUGAAGGAAUUUUUAUGUGGAAAACACCUGGAACACGUAGAAAUUUUGCAUGGAAUAAGUGGUGUUGUGAAGUCUGGUACAUUAUUAGCAAUUUUAGGAUCUAGUGGUGCUGGAAAAACUACCUUACUUGCGACAAUCAGUAAAAGAAUAAAACGUAUAACCACAGGAGACAUUCUACUAAACGGCAAACAAAUCAGUCGUGAAUUGUUAUCUAAAAUAUCCGGAUUCGUUCCUCAAGAUGAAAUCGCUAUAAAAUCACUUACAGUUCAAGAACACAUGGAAUUUAUGGCAAAGAUGAAAAUGGAUAGAAGGUUUCGUCAUGUAGCCAGAAUCCAAAAGAUCGAUAAUUUAUUAUCAGACUUAGGAUUAACUGAAUUAAAAAAUGCCAAGUUGUCAACCCUGUCACAUGGUGAAUGGAAAAGAGUUUCAUUAGCAGUGGAAUUAAUAAUAGAACCAAAAAUUUUAUUUUGUGAUGAACCAACAACAGGAUUGGAUAGCUAUUCAGCAACUGUUGUAACAGAAACUCUGAAGAAUACAGCUGCUAGAGGAAAAAUUGUUAUUUGUUCUCUACAUCAACCAGCUUCAGGUAUUCUUGAACAUUUUCAUCAAGUCCUUCUUCUUGCUGCUGGAAAGGUUGCCUUUCAAGGAUCCAUCAAUGAUACUAUAUCUUUUUUUGAUAGUCAAGGUUAUUGUUGUCCACCAACAUUCAAUUAUGCUGAAUUUUUUGUAUCACAAUUGUCAAUAACUCGAGGUCACGAAGAAGAAUGUAUGAAUAAAAUUGACACUAUUUGUAGUGAAUUUAAAAAAUCAACGUACAAUAGAAAAAUAACUGCUUUGAUAGAAGAAUCUAGUGUACAGAAAAUAGAUCAAUCACCACAUCCUAUCUUCAUGGAGUCAUUUUCCACUAAUGAUUUCAAAAAGAUUCGAACUUUAACUCAGUUGGAGUGGUUAACUUGGAGAAAUUUCAUUGACUAUAAAAGAAAUAUUUCUUCAACAUUCUGGAAAUUUUUUAUUUAUAUGUUUGGAGGAGUACUUUUAGCAAUGCCUUACAUCGGUGUAACAGAAAACAUAGAUCAACGAAGUAUUCAAAAUAUUCAAGGACUAAUGUAUUAUGUAGUAACUGAAACAAUCUUUACAUAUCAUUAUGCAGUAUUUUAUACCUUUCCAAAAGAGUUACCAUUGUUGUUGAGAGAUAUGGCUAAUGGAUUGUACUAUCCUGCACCUUACUAUGUCAGUAAAAUUCUCAUAAUGAUUCCUGGAUCAAUUAUUGAACCUUUUAUUUACGCAGCUUUAAUUUACUUUAUGACAGGAUUAAAAGGAGGAUUAAUAGGUUUCUUAUUCUUUGUUACUCCAAUUGUUUUUGGAGCAAUAUCUGCCACUGCUUUAGGAUGUCUUUUUUCUGCAAGUUUCAAGUCUUUCGAUACAGCUUCGUUACUAUCAGUUUGUAUUGAUUUUGUAACAUUGAUUUUUAGCGGAAUUUAUUUAAAUCUAAGCAACGUGCCAUCAAGGAUAUCAUGGUUAAAAUAUAUUUCUCAGUUUUAUUAUAGCACAGAAGCAGUGUCUGUAAUGCAGUGGCUUCAGUAUAAUCAUAUAGAUUGUGCACCAUACCCAGAAGAAUCAUGUAUCACAUCGGGCGAGGGUGUCCUUAAAAACUAUGGAUUUUCGCCAGGAAAUUAUUAUAUCGAUUUAGCAGGACUCACUGCAAUAUUUCUAGUUGGACAUUUAGCUGGAUUUCUAGCUAUAUUAUAUAGAAGUCGUAAAGAACCAAUUUACUAAUUGGAAAUUUUUUAAUUUUCAUUUAUUGUUGGUUUAUUAUCUUUUAAACAUAAUGACAAAUUUUAA